ACUCUCUUGCUCAUGUCUCUCUCUUGUCACCGUCCUCACCGAGAUCGGCAGUAUCUUCCACAUCCAUCUCACUUCGAUCGAUCUAGAAUUUUGGAGAAGCGAGAUGGGGCAGCAGUCGCUGAUCUAUAGUUUUGUCGCUCGGGGUACGGUGAUCCUGGCGGAGUACACAGAGUUUACGGGAAACUUCAAGAGCAUCGCCGCCCAGUGCCUGCAGAAGCUCCCCGCCAGCAACAACAAGUUCACCUACAACUGCGAUGGCCACACCUUCAAUUACCUCGUAGAGGAUGGAUUCACAUACUGUGUUGUUGCUACUGAGUCAGUUGUCAGGCAAGUGCCUAUUGCCUUUCUUGAGAGGGUGAAGGAGGAUUUUAGCAAAAGAUAUGGAGGAGGAAAAGCGGCAACAGCUUCAACUAAUAGCCUCAGCCAUGAGUUUGGGUCCAAGCUUAAAGAACACAUGCAAUACUGUGUUGACCAUCCAGAAGAGGUUAGCAAGCUUGCCAAGGUGAAGGCUCAGGUUUCUGAAGUCAAGGGAGUUAUGAUGGAGAACAUUGAGAAGGUUCUUGACCGGGGGGAGAAAAUUGAGUUGCUUGUCGACAAGACUGAAAAUCUUCACUCCCAGGCACAAGAUUUUCGGCAACAGGGAACAAAGAUGAGAAGGAAGAUGUGGCUGCAAAACAUGAAGAUUAAGCUCAUUGUCUUGGGCAUCAUUAUUGCCCUGAUCCUUAUCAUAAUUUUGUCAGUAUGCCAUGGCUUCAAAUGUUGAUAUUGGUGGUUACGAGUUUGUCGCAACCACUGUUUCUCUCAGGACGCCCUACUUAUAUGCUUAUAUGGUGUAAUAACAAUACUUGAACAAUGAUUAGUGAUUUGUGGUUUAGUUUCA